GUCACACUGCAUAUCCAGGGGCCGGAAGCCUCGCUCAAGAGCAUGCCGCAGGGUGACGAGUGCAAGGAGCUCCGCGCACCCCUGGAGCUCAAGGUUGCGGAGCUCAAGACGCUGCAGAAGACUCUCCGCACUCCCAGCACCGCGCACCGUCGCGCAGCGCAGGGCCCGUCGAAGGCCAAGGCGCUCCUUGGCAGGUUCAGGUCGGAGAUGGAGGUCCAGCAGGACCAUCUCACGAAGCUGCCGGCCUCCAUGGAGGAGAAGAAGCAGUCCAUCGCCGCUACGGAGAUCGAGGCUGCGGGGCUCCAGAAAGAGUUCGGGCGUGCGGCGGCUCUCCUGGUGCCCGACGGCGGCUGUGCCGCCCCUCCUAACGAGGCCGGCGCAGUGGCCGCAGCCGGCGAGGUCUCCGUGCACGAGGUUGCCGCCCUCACGGCGGACAAACCAGAGCUGGCGCAGUUCCUGGACUCGCCGCCGUGGACCGAGCUUCGCCGGCACAGUCGCGUGGCAGUGCCUGGGCCUGAUGUGCCUGCAUGCCGCUUGCUGAGGCCCGCGCCAGCGGUGCUCGUCAGCAGCCAGCUGGAGGCGGAGAGGCUUGGGACGGGGCCUGGGGCUGCCGAGAUGCGCGUCCUCACCGAGUUCGACGAGUCCGAGUCCAGGGCGCUCUCCGCCUGCUGCGCAAGUUUCGAGGAGAUCACUCUCAAGGAGGAGCUCUGCGCUGACCGCAAGAGGAGGCGCCUUUGA